AUGUUUCACUCACAAAAGUUUCGACUGUACCUAUUCUAUUUUUUCUGUAUAUUAUUCUUCCUGGUGCUUAUCAAAUUUGUAUGCGACUCGGCGCCGAACUCAUUUAAAACUGCUAAGAUUGGCCCAUCAAUUGUUUUUUAUAAUAGGGUAAUUAUUUACUGCCUUAGUUUUUGCAUAUAUUUCGAGUUUCAGAUUCCAAAGACUGGCUCUACAACUUUUACAAAUGCAAUUGCUUAUGAUCUCUACAAGCAAAAUUCUUUCAAUGUUCUUCAUGUUAAUAUGACAAAAAAUCGACAGGUGAACUUUUUUGCUUUUUUUUGUGGAUUUUACCAUUUUAUGUGUUUUGUGUCAAUGUAACGAUGAAAGUAGUUUACUUUGCAAUUCAGAACUUUUAAAAAAUUGUAAAAUGUCUCGCAAGGAUAAAUAAAAGUUCUGAAAUUUUCACCUCAUGGAUAAUCUUAGCUUCUAACAAAUUUUUUUAUAAAAAUUCAAAAGAAAAACGAUUGAAAAAUUUUUAAAGAAGACCUUUUUGAGACCUUUUUUUUUUUUUGAAAGAACAAUUAUUUCAGUUUAAACUUUUGAGAAAUUUUAUGUGGUAAAUCUGGCCAACUUUAGAAAGUUCUUGAACACAUAGUUGAAUGACUUUUGACAAAAUCAGUAAGUAUCUUUUUUAGGUGAUGAGUUUACCUGAUCAAUACCGUUUCAUUUUCAAUAUCACUUCAUGGAAGGAACGGCUGCCGGCUUUCUACCAUGGACAUGUCGCCUUUGUCGAUUUCACAAGGUUUCCUUGCUAACAGCAGAUUUUCAUGUGCUAUUUUCAGAUAUGGAGUACCUAAUCCGGUCUACAUCAAUAUCAUAAGGGAGCCUCUAGAAAGGCUGUUGUCACAUUAUUAUUUCCUGCGUUAUGGAGACAAUUACAGAAUCGGUCUGAAAAGAAGCAGAGCCGGCAAUAAUGAGGUUUUUUCCACAACCUGAUUUUUUUCGCCUUUGUUUCUGAAAACGAGAAUAGAACUCAAAAAUUUCAAAAAAAAAAUAUAAAAUGGCAAAUUUAUCAGACUUUCGACGAAUGUGUGGUACGUAGCGGAAAAGACUGCGACAUGAAGCAAAUGUGGCUUCAAAUUCCUUAUUUUUGUGGCCAUUUGCACUAUUGCACGUGAGUUUCAAAAGAAGGAAAAAUGUGCACCUGGUUCUUUCCAGAGAAGUUGGAAAUCCCUUAGCUCUGGAAACAGCUAAAAAGAACGUCGUGGAGAAAUAUUUAUUGGUGGGAACGACAGAUCGGAUGAGAGACACGAUCGCGCUGCUGGAACAGCUUGUCCCCAACUUUUUUCAAGGCGCUCUUCACCACUUCGACGAGCUCGACGGUUAGUUACCCGUUUCCAUUAGAUUUCUGUUUUGAAAAUCGAGUGUAACAGAAGUGUAACAACUAUUUUUUAAUGCAUUAGUAAAAAAAAACUAUUAAAAUUGUAACAUAAAUAUGAAAAAAAGCAAUAAACGAGCUCUCCAAGUAGUUGCUGUGGGUUGAAUUUAAUUCGUGCCAAAAAUCGCACACGCUACGCGUCCCGCAUUUGGUUUGCCUCACUUGCUUUCAAGUCAGGAAAAAUGGACUGCAGAUGAGCUUUUGAAAAAACAAAAUGUAUUUACUCAUUGAAAAAGCUGUCUUAUUUUUGCAAACCAUAUGUCAGUUAGAAUUAUUUUUAAUGGGUGUAGGUCAGAGAUUCAAAAAUUUCGUGAAGUUUUUCAAAUUAUUAUGAAAAAAAUUUGAACUUUCAGAAAACCGAGCUCAUCUUCGCUACACUAAGAAGAAAAAUUCCUCCGAACGAUCAGACCUUGUCCAUUGUUAG